AUGGUCGAGAAGAAACGACAAAUGAACCAACACCGUCGGCCAGACAGACAGUGGGGCAUGGUGGAGUGUUAUUUUUUGGGUCAACCUUUUCUAACCCCCCUUUCCACGGAGAAGGUAGCAUCAGCAUGGCACUGCUGGUCAUCCAAGGGAAACGCCUUAUUGCUGUCACACCCCAUCCAGUUGGCAGCAGUACGAUUUCGCUCUCAGACCUCCAUCAUA